AUGGCUGCCAGUCAGGGAGCUGGCAGCCUCAGUAAUAGGGUGGUAGCAGGGGAUUGGGGCUCCGGUCCCGUGGCGGCCUCUCGGCGCUCUCCUGCUUCCGCCUUGCCCUCUCUUUUCAUUCCCGGGUAUCCUCCCUGGAAUCUGGCGCGGGUUGCUGGCUCUAUGCCGGUGGCUCGGCGGGGCUUCGCCCACUCCGGUUGGCGGUCCUGUCCUACCCAGGCCCUAGUGGGCUGUGGCGGUUGGGGGGGUUGCGGCGGUGGCUGGUUGGGCACGGGGAGCGGUGGCGCGGCCCCUCAUACCUUCCCUGAAGGUCCUGCGGAAAUGGCCCCCCUUGCUGAAGCUUUGGAGUGUCAGCUGGCAGAGGAGCGCCAGAAGCGUGAAGAGCUGGAGAAGAAAAGUACAAAGUUGGAGGAGACUCAAGAGAGUAUCGAAGGAGGGGAAAAAACGAGGAAUGGCCCUGACCAUAUCAUCAGAAGGAUGGAAAUGGAAAUAAGCAGUUCUCGCUCCAAGCUGGAAGCUGAAGAGGCCCUCACCAACGACCUGCAGAAGAAGAGUAUUGAAUUGCAGGCCAGAAUUGAGGAGCUGGAGGAGGAGCUGGAAGCUGAACGGGCCAUAAGAGCAAAGGUGGAGAAGCACAGGGCAGAUCUGGGCAGAGAACUAGAAGAUCUCACAGAUCGACUGGAGGAAGCAGGCGGACUCACAGCCUCACAGAUGGAAAUGAACAAGAAGCGAGAGGCGGAGCUCCAGCGUCUGAGACGAGACCUGGAGGAGUCAUCGGUCCAGUCGGAAACGCUGGCCGCAACCUUGAGAAAACGCCACAGCGAUGUCAUCGUAGAGCUAAGUGAGCAAUGUGACGGUCUUCAGAGGACAAGGGCCAAGUUGGAGAAGGAGAAGCAGAACUUGAGAAUGGAAGUGGAUGAUCUGUCCACUUCACUCGAAAGUCUCCAGAAAGCCAAGAUGUCCUCAGAUGGCCAGAUGAAAAAAUUAGAAGAACAGCUCUAUGAGGCCACCAGGAGAGGAGAUGACCUGCAGAAGGCACUGGCUGAACUUAGCGUGUCCAAAAACAGACUCACAGCUGAUAACACAGACAUAAGUCGACGAUUGACAGAAGCCGAGAACAGAUCUGGUCAGUUGAGUCGUACCAAGUCUCUUCUCCAGUCUCAACUAGAGGAGCUGAAGAAACAGCUGGACGAAGAGGUCAAAUGUAAGCAGACAGUCAGUGGAAAUCUGAGCUCGGUGCGACAGGAGUGCGAGGGGCUCAAGGAUCAGCUGGAGGAGGAGCAGGAGAGCAAGCAAGAGCUGCAGCGGCUCGUUUCCAAACUCAACAGUGAGGUGACACAGUUGAGGACCAAACAUGAGGCGGAUGCUAUUCAGUAUGCUGAUGAGCUGGAGGAAACCAAAAAGAAGCUGGUAUUGCGGCUGCAAGAGGCAGAGGAGGCAGUGGAAGCUACCCAGGCGAAGUGCUCCUCUCUGGAGAAAACCAAACAGAGGCUCCAGGGAGAGGUGGAGGAGCUGUGCAUGGACCUGGAGAAGGCUAGCGGAUGCGGACAAGCGCUUGAUAAGAAGCAAAGGGUUCUAGAGAAGCAGCUGGGAGACUGGAAGCAAAAGUGUGACGAGCUUGUCGCAGAAGUGGAGGGCUGUCAAAAGGAGAGUAAACAACACGCAGCCGAGCUCUUCAAACUGAAGACGGUUCACGAAGAGUCUCUGGAGCAGCUGGAAGCGUUACGAAGGGAGAACAAGGCCUACCAAGCGGAGAUUGCUGACCUCACAGACCAGCUGACAGAUGGAGGCAAGAGUGUCCAUGAGCUCCAGAAAGCAAAGAAGAAGAUAGAGAUGGAGAAAGAAGAGUUGCAGGCUUCGCUGGAAGAGUCAGAGGCAGCUUUAGAGGCAGAGGAAACCAAGUUAAUGAGGCUGCAGCUGGAGUCGUCGCAGUCAAAAGCAGACCUGGAGCGAAGACUUCAAGAAAAGGAUGAAGAGAUUGACGCUGCUCGAAAAAACCACCAGAGGGCAUUGGACUCCCUACAGGCCACUUUGGAUGUCGAGGCUAAAGGUCGCAUGGAGGGACUGAAGCUCAAAAAGAAACUAGAGGCUGAUAUCACUGAACUGGAACUUCAAGUUGAUCAAUUUACCAAGACCAACACGGAGUUAAGCAAGAGUAGUAAAAAGACACAGCAGCAAAUUAAGGAGCUCCAAGCUCAGCUCGAGGAGGAGGUGAGAGCCCGUGAGGAGCACAAGGAGGAGACAGCGGCCUUGGAGCGACGUUGUGCUCUGCUGGUUAGUGACGGUGAAGAAACUCGCUCAGCUCUGGAGAGUACAGAAAGGGUUCGCAAAGCCUUGGAGUUAGAGUUGCAAGAUGCCAAUGAAAAAUACAAUGAUCUCAACAACCAGUUCCAGUCAGUUCUGAAUGGAAGGAGAAAGCUGGAGGUAGAUCUACAUGCUCUGCAGCACGAACAUGAGGAGCUCCAAGGAGAGCUGAGGGGAACAGUAGACAAAUCCAAGAAGUCCAGCUGUGAGUUGGCCAGAGUGGUGGAAGAGCUACGCUUGGAGCAAGAGCACACACUCCAUCUAGAGAAGGCGAAGAAAGGUCUUGAAGCUCAGGUCAAAGACAUGAGCACCAAGCUGGAAGAGGCAGAGCAGAUGGCUCUGAAAGGUGGCAAGAAGAGCAUUCAGAAGUUGGAGGGAAAGGUAAAGGAGUUGGAACUCGAACUGGAUUCCGAGCAGAAGCGACACGCUGAGACCGUGAAGACUCUACGGAAAAAUGAGCGUCGUCUCAAGGAGCUGGUCUUCCAGUCUGAGGAAGACCAGAAAAACCAGCAGAGAAUGCAAGAACUGGUAGAGAGGCUUCAGAACAAAAUGAAGGCUUACAAGAGACAAAUAGAAGAAGCUGAGGUGCAAGCCAACAUGAACUUGGCCAAAUACAGGAAGACAGUCCAUGAGCUGGACGACGCUGAGGAACGAGCCGACAUCGCCGAGUCAGCGCUUACGAAGAUAAGGACCAAGAAGAGAGGCAGCUUCAGCAAGGGAUACUCCUCUGGUUACAGCACCCCAUACCCCAGUCUGGUGCGAUCGGCCAGCUCAGUGGGCUCAGAGGGCCGAGGCGAGAAGAUCCUGAGUGAUGACAACGAGUCCGUCAGCUCCCUUAUCCCGGCUUAUCUCAACUCCCUUAAGAAGCUCAUGAUCGACUAG